GCUAAAAAAACCCCGAGAGCCAGGAAUUUUGUGUGGGUGCGGUUUUUUCGUUGACUUAACAAAGCUCCAGAAUAAAAUAACCAAUUUGUGAAGUUUUGUUUCGAACAAUAUAUGGGUUAUCAAAUUAGUGACGAAUCUAUGAAAAAAUAGCACAGUAAAAUAGCCUCUAAUUAUUGACGUAAGGAAUAUCUAUCACCACAUUGUGGAAGUGGAAUGUCAGCCCAGCUGAUAAUUGUUUAUGCACAAGUGUAAAUAGAAAAAAGUGGACAUUUGGAUAAACAAUUAACUAGACACAUUAAUGAUAUGGAAACCAGUGAACCUGUAGAAUCAGAGAGUUUCAAGUGAAAAAGUAGUGUUAAAUUAUUAUCCUGGAUUGAAAACCAUGACAGUUACGGAGAAGUUGCAGAAGCAGGGCUGGUUUCUAUCAGAACGUGGACUCAGUCUUGCAAGCGAUGAUGGAAAUAUAGUAGAUAUUCAGAAGAUAAUAAAACGAGCAGCAGAGCUUGAUUUGAAAGAAAUUGGAAGCGGUGAGGCAGAUAUUAACCAGGGAAAUGUAAUUCUCCAGAUUCAAAAAUUACGAAAUGUAGCCGCUCCAAAAAGUAAAGAAGAAUGCCGUUCAGCUCCUCGAAUGCUUAAAAUGUUCUUGACCGAUGGCCGAAAUAAUUAUCAGGCUAUCGAGAUUGAACAUAUUUCUGUUUUGAGUCUCAAUACUCCUCCUGGAACGAAAAUAUUCUUGAAAUCCGCCAACGUCCCUACAUCACAUGGGACGAUUUUACUCAGGCCUUUUGAUAUUGGACAAGUUCUCGAAGGAAAAGUAGCAAACCUUGUGGAAAAAUGGGAACUGAACAAAAAACUGUCGGUACACUCGAGAGUAAGGUCAGCAGAAGAAGGAGGCCCUCCACCCUGGAUUCCCUUUGGAAAGAAAAUCAUCAAAGUCGUUGACCAAGCCAAGAAUUUUAAGGCGCUCGCUGAUAAAGAAAAAGUCACUAAUGAAAAUUCGGAAUUCGAGGCGCAACGCAAAGACGCCAUCGCUGAAGCUGCUAAGCAAGGGAAUAAAAAGAUUUUCGGUGGUGGAAACAAACAGCUUCUUGAUCACGGAGUACAAAAAAUCGUCGAUCAGGGAUUUUCUAUCGAACAGGCUGAAUAUGCUUUGAGAGUAACUCGCAACAAUGUCGAUAGAGCUUUGAAAACUCUGCAAAGAAAUGAUAACAAACAGAGCAGCAACCCGAGAGAACCACGAGAACCAAAAGGCAAGCGUUUCGAAAAGAAAAUGGAAGAGACUGGAAAACCAAGCAGUGGGAAAGUCUCGUUAUUCGAUUUCCUAGAAGACAAACUUCCGGCCCAGUCUGAAGUUACAGAAGUGAAUUAUUCGCAACAAACAAAUGAGUCCGUUAAGGAAAAAUUCGAGUACGACUCGCGAGGAGGCGAUCGGUUUAAUUCAAUGAGAGGUUCUAGAGCCCAGAAAGGAGGAAAAGGAUACCAAGUUCCUCCAAGGCAUCUGGACGAUACGAAAUCUAACAAGUGGUCAAACAGUAAUUCCUACAAUCCACAAGUUCCUUCUUAUAAUUCAAACGGCGUUAUUACACAAAGCAAACCUCCGAGAUUUCAGAGAAACCAGGAAAAUUUCAACCAGUAUCAGACUGAUAGUAAUCCAAGGGAUAAUAAUCUGAGGGAUAAUAAUCCGAGAGAUCAUAAUGCGAGAGAUCAUAAUCCAAGAGAUCAUAAUCCAAGGGAUAAUUACAAAGUGAACUACAACAAAUACCCUCAGAACGAAACGAGGAAUCCCUUCCCUGGAUCUCGUUCCGAUGGUGGAAAUCCUAGAGGCGCUUCAUCUGGAAAUUACAACAAACCCCAAGAUCAAGGAAAAAUGUGUAUUCCUAGAAAUCAGCACCAACCAGAAUAUGAUUCGAGAAAUAAGCAUUACGAACCUCAUCCUAGACACAAUCGAAUCCAGGAUGGAAAUCGUAAAGAAUUUUCGACUGAAGGAAAUGAGAGAAGUUCAAGGAAUCAAACUAACAAAUUCUCCGUGCCGGAAGAUAGUUAUAAUCAUAACAACGUUCAGAAAAAUGGAGGCCAUUUCAACAGUGAAGCUAAUCAAAACGCAGUGUGUGCGCCUUGGGUUUGGAAAAUUGGAGACAAGUGUAUGGCUAAAUACUGGGAAGAUAAUAGGUAUUACAAUGCGGAAGUAACCGCCGUUUCCGACAGAACUUGUGUUGUUCAGUUCAAAGAAUUCCAUAAUUACGAGGAAGUCUUGCAAAUUGAUUGCAUACCGUGUACGGAAGACCCAAGAAAUCGAACGGACCAAAGACAAACUCAGGAUGGAAAAAGACAGGACUAUCGUCCCAAUAACAGGCCAACGCGUUAUGAUCAGAAUCACGACCGGAUCAAUGUUGGCAUGGAAUUUAGAAGAGGAGGAGGCGGAGCGGGAAUCAAAGGAGGAUAUAGAAAAAGGGGAUCACAGCGCACUGCGCAACAGAUUUACCAGCCACCAGCUCAACGCACUCCUUCAGUUCCACAAGAUACAUAGAGUGUCUAUUAAUGGCUUAGACUUGGAGAGUGUUUUUAGUGAAAUAGGCAGUUAAUUUCCAAUUAAUUACACAAGGUGGCUGGCCCGUUAUUGUCUCAAGACUGACAACGCGAAUGCUUUUGACUUAAGAGUCAGGAACUUCAACUUUCAAUAAUUUACUUUGAAUAAAUUUAGGAAUGUAAUUAUAAUUAAAAAUGAAAUUAGCGCAUCGCCGUGGAUUGAAGCGCGAAACUAGAGUUGUUUUAAAUAGCUGUUCGUUGUUCUUAUACGAUAAUGAACGCAUUGCAUACAUUAUUAAUGCAUUUUUAACGUAACGAUCUUCCUCCCUCACUAAAAGAAUGAAUUGUUUCUCUAACUUAUCUAUCAUCCUAGUGUAAUAAUAAACUUUGUAAUAUUUAA